CAUUUAAUUCCAACAAAAUAAGAACGGGUGGGACAAAAUAAGAGGGGGGUAUGUACUGUCAGGUACCGGAAGCGCCAAUGGUCUCUGAGUUCUCUGAUAGGUUUUGUAGGGAAUCCCAUCCAUGCCUGAUGCAGCAACAAGAAACACAGCUCUCUCUCCACCUCCGAGUGGGGUAAAGACGUGGCCAGGCUCCCCUCUGGGAUCAACUUCGACUCUCCAAAGGGGGCCCCGCCCACGAGCUUUAGCGCACAAAUGCCGGUUCGCAGGGGGUGGGGCCCGAGCGAGGGAAGGAGAGACUCAAGGAAGGAGCCGGGCGCUCGAGCUGCGGUGGGCGUUGCGAGGUGAAACAACAGUCGCAGAGGCCGUGACAGUUGGUCUCUCCUGGCCCAGUCCAGCCCACGGAUCCGCGGUGGAGAACACGAGCACCGCUCGGCUCGCUUGCAAGCUCCAGGGUAGGGCACCCAGGCCUGUCAAGGACCGCCGAGCAAGCGUCGCCGGGACAGCUGGCCCCGCAGAAAUAAUUGGUAACAAGACCUCCGUAGCCAUGGCUAGUUCUGACGUGAAACCAAAAUCCAUAAGUCGUGCCAAAAAAUGGUCAGAAGAGAUAGAAAAUCUGUACAGAUUUCAACAAGCAGGAUAUCGAGAUGAAAUUGAAUAUAAACAAGUGAAACAAGUUUCUGUGGUAGAUCGUUGGCCAGAGACAGGAUAUGUGAAGAAACUUCAGAGAAGGGACAAUACUUUCUAUUACUACAACAAACAGAGGGAAUGUGAUGACAAGGAAGUCCACAAAGUGAAAAUUUAUGCUUACUAGCCUUCCUGAUAUUUCCUGUCAUUAUCUUUUAAAAAUCCAUUGUUUCAUUCUGCAUCAUGUAAGUGACUGUCAUUGUACAAAAUUCCCCAAAAUGCAGACUCUGAUGGCAUGUUUUGAAACACCAAAGCCAUGAAGCUUGGUCUCUACUAAUCAUCCUGUUCUGUUCUAAAAUAUAACUGCAGUAGCUUUCCACUGGUACCCGCCUUGGUCUGCUUCUUCCUGUUUUAACUGUGGCAGCGUAACUUCUAUGCAGGGGAUCCAAGAGCCCUCACUGCAGUCCUUCCAGGUAAGGUUAUGUAGAUGUUAGUGCCCCACCCCCACCCCAACUUUUAUCACGUUUCUGGACCAUCACUUUGAACCGCAUUGUGCAUUGUGCAGCCCAAGGGCUUCUCUGGCCUAGAGAGUCCUUUGCCCAUUGCCUAGUUGACUGGAAAUGCCAAGAAGUGACAGUGCUUGAGGCAGAGGAUUAUCAAAGGCCCAGCCAUGCGGCUCCCUUGGAGAAAUCAGCCUGAGGUUAAUCUUUAGUUGGGUGCAGCAGGAUCUCAUUGAACACCAGCCUGAGUAGGAGAGAUACUGGUUACCUCCCUUCCUUGCCCCUUACCCCACUCCCCUGCCAGUGGUCCUUUCCCUCCUGAACCACUUCCUUGGGCCUGAAGCCUUGUCCAGGGUUUGGCUUCUGGUCCCCCACCCCCCACCCCAAUAGAAAACUUGUUCCAGUGCUUCCUGGAAUCACUGCAGAAACAGCCUAAGUGCCGACGGGCAAGUAAGGCAAUAAUUAACCCGUAAGACUUCAGAAAUCCCUCCAAUAGUGAGUCUUGAGGGCUUUGAAAUUAAAUACAUGAAAGGUAUCAUUUUUAUUAUAACUUCUCUCUUUAUUUUUAUUUUUGUCACUGAUAAGACUUUUGAUUUGUUCCCAUUGAUAAGUUCUGACCUUCACAUAGAUUUGGGGGUAGAAGCUCAUAUCUAUCCAUUCAUUCAAAUUCAGUUCCCCUUUUCCAGAGGUAUCUGCCCCAUGAAGCUCUGUUAGUUUUUCCCAAUUCAAAAUUGUGCCUUAUUCAGAACAGACACAUUGUGGAAAGGAGAGAGAGGCAGAGUCUCCAGAAUUAAACACAGCCCUGCCAACACUUGGUUUUACCAAAUAAGACCCAUUUCAGACUUCUGGCUUCCAGAACUGUAAGAGAAUAAACUCAAUGCUGUUUGAAACUCCUUGGUCUGUGGUGAUUUGUCAGAAUGGCAGUAGGAAACAGACAGCUGCAGAGAAUAGAUGAAGUCAGUAACCAUGUGAAACUGACAGCACUAAUAGCCUGAACCUAGCCAGAACCCAGAUUGGGAC